AUGCGGGGUACUCUCUUUUUAACUGCUGGCGCCCUCCUUCUGAAUUCUCUCGGUGCGGCCACUGAGACAAAUUGGCCGUAUGCCUCCUUCAAGACCGGUCCUUGGGAGCCUCCCCAGCUGGCCCUGAACAAGACUGACGGUGUUGACCCUGGUCUGAUCUUCAUCCCCAUCCGCAACGAGAACACGGCCGGUACCGCGGUGACCAUCUACGACAACGAUGGCCACUUUGUCUACCAGGGCCCUGAGGAAGCCACCAUGGACUUCAGGGUGCAAAAGCUGUUCGACGAGGACGUGCUCACCUUCUGGUCGGGCGAGGUUGAGGUGGCCGGUGGCUAUGGCUACGGCAAGGUUCACAUCCUCGACAAGACCUACCGUGAGAUCCACACCAUCACUCUGACCGACAACUUCGUCACUGCCACGGGCGAGACCCGCGACUCCUACAUCGAUGUCCACGAACACCAGAUCACUGACCGCAACACCAUCCUGGUCUCUGCUAUCAACGUCACCCAGCACAACCUGACCUCUCUGGGUGGUCCCUCCGACGCGUGGAUGACUGUCAGCCACUUCUAUGAGAUCGAUAUUCUCACCAAAGAGAUCCUCUUCACCUGGAACGCUCUGGAUCACCAGGACAAGAUUCCACUGUCUAGUUCUCGUCAGAGAAUGCAGGCUCACCCUGUCCAAGCCACUCCCUGGGACGCGUACCACAUGAACUCGGUCACCCCCACCAACGAUGGCUACCUGAUAUCUAUGCGCUUCUACUGGUCCGCCUUCUACCUGAACAAGGAUGGUACUGUCCGCUGGCAGCUUUCGGGUGACGGUGACGGCGAUGGCGACUUCACCGGUGAAGACGUCCGCUUCACAUGGCAACACCACAUCCGCGUAUACAACGAGACCGACGAGAGUCUAGUCUUGAGUGUCUUCAACAACGCCAACAGCCAAAGCCAAUCCCAAAGCGAGACAACCGGCAUGGUCUUCGACGUCGACCUGACCAAUAUGUCCGGCUCCAUGCUGUACAACCUGUCCGACCCCACCGACGCUAUCUACACAAAAACCCAGGGCAGCUUCGAGUUCCUGGGUGAGGCCGCUACCACCUCCAAUAUGUUCAUUGGUUACGGAUCGGACCCCCAGGUGAAGGAGUACAACGGCAAGGGCGACGUCGUUCUCUCUGCGCAGUUCGGUGCCCGUACACACGCCAUGUCCUACCGUGCUUUCAAGAGCGAGUGGAAGGCUACGCCUUUCUGGAACCCUGCCGCCGUUGUCGACGACGACACUGUCUACAUGAGCUGGAAUGGUGCCACUGAGUACGAUAACUGGGCUAUCUACUCGAUUCCUUCUCUCGGCUCCAACGCUACCAAGCUUAUGACUACGCACAAGCGUACUGGCUUUGAAACCAAUGUCAGCAUUGCUGACUUGGAUGCCAAGUAUAUUACUGUUGCGGCCCGUCGGGGUAACACUGUUCUGCGCUUCAGCGAUGCUGUUGAAGUCUAA